UUUCAUUUUCCCACCAUGCGAUUUUUUAUGUUUUCGAUUUUUCCAAAACUGUUUCGGAAAAAAAGCGAAAAAGGAAAAAAAAAUCCAGAAAUUAAGAUUUAAAAAGGAAAGCGUACCCUAAAAUUCCAAGGAAUUGAGUCUUUUGAUGAAUCUUAAUUUCGGUUUCUUUGGUUUCUUGCGAAAUCUGAAAUGCGAAGAAGCGAGCGUUUCGUUUUAUGAAUCAAGCAAUCAAAUAUUGAAGAGAAAGAAGUGGAAGAGGAGGAUUUUUUGCAAGUGAGAGGAGAAAAGAGAAGGAAAAGAAAGAAAGAAAGAAACGUCUGUGGGCAAUGGCGAGAGAGGAGAGAAGAUUCGAGAUUGGUUACGGGCUUUUACCCAAGAAAGAGAACAGUUUCAUUCGAGAAUCGUUGGUGAAUCAGGCGAAAUCUCGAGGAAUCGAUCUGGUAAAGAUCGAUAGGGGACGUCCUUUGGUCGAACAAGGGCCGUUCCAUUGCGUGCUCCACAAGUUGUACGGUGAGGAUUGGAGGAGCCAGCUCGAAGAUUUCCGUUCAAGAAACCCUAAUGCUGUGAUUAUCGAUUCUCCUGACGCUAUCGAACGGCUGCACAACAGGAUUUCGAUGCUCCAGGUGGUGUCCGAACUCAAGAUCGAGAAUCAAAGCGAAACCUUUGGGAUCCCUAAACAGAUUGUGAUUUACGAUCAAGAAACCCUAUUUGAUAACCAAGCUUGGGAAUUGCUGAAGUUUCCAGUGAUUGCCAAGCCCUUGGUGGCUGAUGGAAGCGCCAAAUCACACAAAAUGUCUCUGGUUUUUAACCAUGAUGGGUUGAACAAGCUUAAGCCCCCGAUUGUUUUGCAAGAAUUUGUUAAUCAUGGAGGGGUUAUCUUUAAGGUUUACGUGGUCGGAGAAUAUGUGAAAUGUGUUAAAAGGAAGUCGUUACCGGAUGUUUCAGAGGAGAAAUUGAAGAGCUUAGAAGGGUCUUUAUCAUUUUCUCAAGUUUCCAAUUUGGCUACUCAUGAGAAAAGUGAUGAUAAGUAUUAUAAGAAGAUGCAUUUGGAGGACACUGAAUUGCCGCCGCAGAGUUUCAUGACGGAUAUUGCUAGGGGUUUGAGAAGGGCAAUGAAAUUGAAUUUGUUUAAUUUUGAUGUGAUAAGAGAUACCCGAUUUGGAAACCGCUAUCUUAUAAUUGACAUUAACUAUUUUCCGGGUUAUGCAAAAAUGCCGGGGUAUGAAACAGUUUUGACUGAUUUCUUUUGUGAUAUAGUGAAUAGGAAAGAAAGGGAUGUGGUGGUGGAGAGGGGUUUGGUUGUGGAGUGUAGCCAGGAGAAGGUGGCAGGGACUGAUGGAAGGUCGGUGCUUAGUUGUGAGGAAGAAGUAAGGAAAACCGUGACCAAUUCUUGCUGUAGUGAUGGGGAAGACAAGGAGAACUCUAUUCAAGUUUGACCAAAAAUUUGUAGGGAAAUUGAUGAAAAAGGUGUAGCUUGGUUCAUUUCCAUGGUUGGUCGUUUUGGGAGGGUUGCUGCAAUUGUAUAAGGAUUUGGACCCUGGUGCUGGCUUGUGGAGGCGAAGCGAGUUGCACAUUUUCCAUUUUUAGACAUCAGUUCGUACAGUGCUGAAAUAAGUAGGUUGGGUACUUUUGAGUUUAGUUGUAGCCUCUUGACAACAAUUACAUGGUGUUCAGUGUUAAUCAUGUAUAUUCUGUCACCGUUGCUCUGGAGAUAGGUACUUCUCAAAAUACUUUGAUGUUUUAGGGAAUUUAAGUUGUACUUUGAGGCUUUUAAGUGUUCUAGUUUUGCACCUUUUAGUCAGUGGAAUUUGCCAUUUAUA